GGGAAAGUGCGGGCGGGACAGGACGCGACGGAGUAGAGCGCAGGCGUAGAGCAGAGGCCGCCGGGAGCGCGCGGAGGGGGCGGAAGUAGCCGCCCGCCUCGUCCGGCUCAGUGCAGCGAGGCGGCCGCCGGCGGGCACCCGAACCCGGCCCGCAGCGGGUCCCACCCGACACUCAAUCUGAUGCCUGUCCAGCCCUCCAACCACCUGGAAUGGAAUGAGCCUAUGCACUCCCUCCGGAUCAGUGUGGGGGGCCUCCCUGUGCUGGCGUCCAUGACCAAGGCUGCUGAUCCCCGCUUCCGUCCCCGCUGGAAGGUGAUCCUCACGUCCUUCGUGGGCAUUGCCCUCCUCUGGCUGCUCUACUCCCACCGUGCAGCCCCCAGCAGGUCCCCCACCCCCAAUGCACACAACUGGAGGCUUGGCCAGGCACCCGCCACACGGUACAAUGACACUUACCCCCUGUCGGCUCCCCAAAGGACACCGGGUGGGAUCCGCUAUCGAAUCGCCAUCAUUGCUGACUUGGACACGGAGUCCAGGGCCCAGGAGGAAAACACCUGGUUCAGUUACCUGAAGAAGGGCUAUUUGACUCUGUCAGACAAUGGGGACAAGGUGACUGUGGAGUGGGACAAAGACCACAGUGUGCUGGAGUCCCACCUGGCGGAGAAGGGCAGGGGGAUGGAGCUGUCCGAGCUGGUUGUGUUCAACGGGAAGCUGUACUCUGUGGACGACCGCACGGGGGUGGUCUACCAGAUCGAGGGCACCAAGGCUGUGCCCUGGGUGAUUCUGUCUGACGGCGAUGGAACCGUGGGCAAAGGCUUCAAAGCUGAGUGGCUGGCUGUGAAGGACGAGCGGCUGUACGUGGGCAGCCUGGGCAAGGAGUGGACCACGGGCACCGGCAAGGUGGUGAACGAGAACCCGGAGUGGGUGAAAGUGGUGGACCACAAGGGCAGCGUGGACCAUGAGAACUGGGUGUCCAGCUACAAUGCUCUGCGGGCAGCUGUGGGGAUCCGACCGCCGGGCUACCUCAUCCACGAAUCGGCCUGCUGGAGCGAUACCCUGCAGCGCUGGUUCUUCCUGCCGCGCCGGGCCAGCCUCGAGCAGUACAACGAGAAGGAGGACGAGCACAGGGGCACCAACCUGCUGCUGAGCGCCGCCCAGGACUUCGGGGACGUCUCCGUCCGCCGCGUGGGCGAGGUGGUCCCCACGCAUGGCUUCUCAUCCUUCAAGUUCAUCCCCAACACCGACGACCAGAUCAUCGUGGCCCUCAAAUCUGAAGAGGACAGCGGUGUGGUGGCCACCUACGUUAUGGCCUUCACACUAGACGGGCGCAUCUUGCUGCCCGAGACCAAGAUUGCAAGCGUGAAGUACGAAGGGAUAGAAUUCAUUUGAGCUGCGGCCUCCAGCGUCGUGCAGAGCGGAGAUGGACGCUCUUUGCCGCGUCGGGACUGAGGUUUUAUAAAACUGAGGUUUUAUAAAAACCGGAUGACUGCACUUUCGUUUUGUCUUGUUCUUUUUGUAACCGUGAAGUGUGUGCCUGACCUAGGGGGAUUUCCUGGAUGGGGAUUCAGUCCUAGGACUUGUGAAGCUGCUGGAAGUGCCGUGGGAGGGGUGGUGUCCUGCAGCCCAGACUGCCCUUUGGGGUCCCUCUGCCACCUGGUGGUGGACAUUGGUCACUGCAGGCACCUUGAUAGGGGCCGAGCCUUGAGUUUUGCCCUGCUCCUCUUCCUUUUGACCGCCCUGUCCUGACUUCCCGUGAGUUCUCUGUUGAGUACGUGUGUUUCAGUAGCACCUGCAAUGUUAGGUUCUGUGCCUGCUCCAAGGUCAGCAGUGAGCAUGAGGCAGCCCGUCCACUAGGGAGGGUCACCCCUCUUCCCGCUCCUCUGGGAGCCUUGGGCAUGCACCCUGCCCACCUGGGAAGUUAAUGUUUACACUGCAGGAUGGGGGCACCGUGCAGGUGACCUGUGGGGACACACCUGCCCACACUGUCCAGAGAGCAGGCACAGCCACAUGACAGGGUGGAACUUCCCCUGCCAAGGACUCCACCUCUUCCCUCUGACAGUGCUAUGAAGCACUUCAGAGUUUUAAUUAUUAACUUAUUUUUAUUGAGGGAUUUUGGUCUCAUAAAAUCGCCAGAUCUUAUCACACAGAGCAGAGGCACAGCAAAUUUGCCCUCAGCUUGGAGGAAUUCGUAACUGAGCAGCCGCAUUGGCAAAGCUAGUUCACAGCAGAGGUUUCUGAGCCCUCGGCAUGAUGCCUUUUGCUGGCAGCUUCCAGAAAGUGCCAUGUCUAUUAAGAUUCACGAAUGACUUGAAAUGUUACUCCCAGGAGGCCCUGUGUUCUGGUAGCCUGCACUUGACCCCUGACCUAGGCCUGCUCUGUUCUGCUCUGGGGAUCAUCCCUAUCAUUUCCUGGGGUCUCUCCCCAUAACCACCUCCUCUUCCCCACGGAAACUUUACAUGACCUUGGCUCAUUUUAGGUCCCGGCCGUGUCUUCUUGAUGCUCUGGGGCAGAGGCUAGUGGGACUAAAGUAGAGAAGGGACAUUACAGCUCUCCUCCCAUAACAACUACCUCACCCCGUAUCACCCCUCCGGACAGCAGAGGCACCACGAUGGGGGGCCCAGGGCUGUGACUGGCCCUGUGUUGACCUUCAAAGACCUCUCCCACUUAGACACUUCAGGAUGCUGGCCCAGAAGAGCUGUCAGUCAUCUCUGUCCUGCUAAUCCUCAUGGGACAGCAGCAGAGGAGAAGCCAGGUUACUGUGACAUCUCGCUAGAGCUAGACUCCCGCUGGGCACAGCUCAGAAGACCCACAUCUCCCCUGCCUGUGCCUGACUGGGCCGUCUGACCCCUUCAGUAAAUGUCAGUGAUGUUGGGUUGUGGGACUUAAAGAGUAGCGAUGAACCGAGCAGUGGGGAGUCUUGGGACAGUCCCCAAAUGGAAGCAUUCCUAGUGUGUCAUUGUUGGCCAGAGCGGACAGCUCUUCCACACACAAUAGCUAAAGAUUUUAAGGCCAGCCUUUCGUUCCCUCUGCACUUGCUGCUGUCAACAUGGUGAUUGUGUUCCUGCCCUCCAAAUCCAUUUGUUUUGUAAACAAUAAAUCGUGAAAAGGAAA